AUGGAGUCUUUCGGAGCUCUCAAACGGCGGACGACCGAGAUCCUCCAAUCUCUCCCGCAGAAUCUACCCAAUAUGCCCAAUAUGCCUAAUGUGAAGAGGCCGUCUCUUUCCAGCGGCGCUGGCCCCAAGCCCAUGAAGGGCACGUGGGAACGAAUCGAUGUCCCACCCCUCGCUCGCUCCUCCCAUACCGUCAACGUUGUCAACGGCUCCGCCUACGUCUUUGGCGGCGAGGUGAAGCCCCGCGAACCCGUCGACAACGACGUCCACGUCAUUAGGCUUCCCUACAACAGCGCCGGUGCCGACUACUACAAGAUCAAGUCCGCCCCCGCGAAGCAGUACUCCCCGCCCGCCGACGCCGAGCCCGCCGCGGAAAAGACGGAGGAGAAGAUCGACGAGCAGCCCGAACCAGCCGGCGACAUCGAGGACAAGGCCGCCUUGAAGGAACAGCUCCUCGACGAAGUAUCUCUCGCCUCACCAGGCGUCACGGGAGAAGAAGGAGAAGAUUACGCGCCCCUCGGAGGAGCCGGCGAGCAAAGCACAAGCGCAGCCACCGCCGUGGGCAAAGGCAAAGGCAAAGGCCCAGCCCUCCCUGAGCCCCUCGCCGCCCUCGGCGACGUCCCGAGUCCCCGCGUCGGCCACGCCACCGCAGUCAUCGGCAGCCGCAUCUUCCUCUACGGCGGCCGCGGCGGCCCGGACAUGACGCCCGUCGAGGAGGCCGGCCGCGUCUGGGUCUUUGACACCCGAACCAACUCCUGGUCCUUCCUCGACCCCGUACCCCCCGCCCCCGGCGUCACCAACCUGCCGAUGCCCUCCCCGCGCAGCUACCACUCCGCCGCCGCGACCGACCGCCCGCGCGACUUCGCCCCCAAACACACCCGCGGCAAGCAGACCUGGAGAGCCUGGGCCCAGGGAGAUAGCGCCGACGUCGGCAUCCCCCAGGCGCCCAUCGUCGGCCACGCCGCGGCCAACGCGACGGACGAGGAGGACGACGGGUACGGCACCUUCUUCGUCCACGCCGGCUGCCUCACCAGCGGGGAGCGCACCAACGACCUCUGGGCCUUUGACGUGCGAAGCAGAGUGUGGAGCCAGCUCCCGUCCGCACCCGGCCCCGCGCGCGGCGGCGCCGCCAUCACCGUCAGCAAGAGCCGGCUGUUCCGUUUCGGCGGGUAUGACGGCAAGGGCGAAAUCGGCGGACAGCUCGACUUCAUUCAUCUCGAGAUGGACACCUUUGACGACGGCGUCUCCAAGGGCGAAAUCGCCGUUCACGGCCGCGGCGGCUGGCAGAGCAUCGCCCAGGGUGCAAGCAGCGCCGGCGAGCAAGAGAUCCACCUCGUUCCCGGCCAGACGUGGCCCGGCCACCGCAGCGUAGCGGGUCUAGAGGCCGUCACCGUCGGCGCCGGCCGCGAGUACCUGCUCCUCAUCAUGGGCGAGCGCGACCCCAGCCCGGACGGCCACUCGGGCGCCGGUGCAAUGUGGGACGACGUGUGGGCGUUCCAGGUCCCGCCGCUGGGGAUGACGGCCGCCAGCGUGCGCGAUGCCAUGUUGCAGGCCCUCGGCCGUCCCACGGGCGAAGGCAAGUGGACGAGACUGUCGAUGGAGCCGUAUGACGACGAUAACGAUGAUGGCGAGCCCGCGCCGCGCGGUUGGUUCGCGGCGGCGGCUAUGGGAGACGUGGAAGAGGCCGGUGUCGUUGUCUUGGGGGGAUUGAGCUCCGAAAACAAGAGACUGCCAGAUGGCUGGAUCCUGAGGAUCCCCGAGUGA